AAUUUCCUUCAAAGUCUGCUCUGUGGCAAUGUUUACCUUGCAGCUAUUUUACAAAUAUAAUUUUCUGCACAAAGCGACUGAUACAGAAGGUGCUUCGCSUCGCACCGUGUUCUCGGCGCUCCUGCCCGUCGCUGGCUGAGGAGGAACCCACGAGCACAGGCAAAAUUCCACCAUCUACCAUGGCAGCAAAGCGUGUUCGAAAAGUCGCAGUAAAAAAUAGAGAACCCCAGUGCAAGGUGGUUCAUACAGUUCUGCCCAGCCCUGUGGGAAACCUGGAAAUCUUUGGGUGUGAAAAAGGCGUGCAUGAAAUAARGCUUCCAAAAAUGACUGAGCUGCCAAGUAGCCGUGCACGUUCCUCAAAUGCAUUGCAAGUUUGCCAGCAGGCCGAGGAGGCGCGCGGGGCGGCGCUGCCGGCGCCGCUGGAGCAGUGCGUGGCCUGGCUGCGCGCCUACUUCUGCGAGCCGGCGCGGACCCGCGCGCUGCCGCUGCCCGCCUUCCACCACCCGCUGCUGCUGCGAGCGUCGUUCACGCGGGAGGUGCUGUGGAGGCUGCUGGGCGCCGUGCCCUUCGGCGAGGCCGUGUCCUACCAGCGGCUGGCGGCGCUGGCCGGCAGCGGCAAGGCGGCGCGCGCCGUGGGGAGCGCCGUGCAGAGCAACCCCAUCCCCAUCAUCAUCCCGUGCCACCGAGUGAUCCGCAGCAGUGGGGACCUGGGCCAGUACGGAGGGGGAGCCCUCAUGAAGCAGUGGCUGCUGUCGCAUGAGAAGCUGCACAAGGACAAGCUGGACGGCUGAUGCUCCCGAGCAGCCGCGAGCCGCCCUGCCGCUCGCCACCACUCAGGAAAAUGGGCUGGAUUUCCUUAUGUUUUGGCAUUUCUCUGUUCCGGAAAGCUUUAAUUCCCGGAGCCUCUCUGCAGCGAGGGCUCCGCCGUUCAGGAGACACUGAGCUAAAUUUUCUGAUUGUUGUUUAAAAAGGGCUCUGUGGAAGGACGAGCCGGCAGCAGCUGGAAUUUCCAGUGUGGGAAUCAUAAAUUCUUACA